AUGGCACCCCAGCUCAAAUAUAUCAACAAGCUAGAGGGUAAGCACAUUAUAGUGAUUGGCGGCUCAAGUGGCAUCGGCUACGGCGUUGCAGAAGCAUCUCUCGAGUCCGGCGCCAUUGUGACCGUCUCCUCCUCACAACAGGCCAAAGUGGAUGCGGCUGUCACCAGCUUAAAAGGGAGCUACCCCGAAGCAAAAGUCUCUGGUAUCGCUUCGAACCUGGGCGACCCUGUCACCGUCGAGGACGCGCUCGAAGCGCUCUUCAAGCAAGCCACGACCAUGAGCGGUCAGAUCAGCCACGUAGUAUUUACGGCGGCGGAUGCACUCGCCAUCGGAGCACUCCAGGAAACCAGCGUCGAGAUGGUAUAUAAGGCGGCACAAAUGCGUAUGAUUGCUCCACUGAUCACUGGAAAAGUGGCGGCCCGAUAUCUGGACAAGAGUGCCAAGUCGUCCUUCACGAUCACCACCGGCGUCGCGGCCGAGAAGCCAGGCAAGGGAUGGGCGGCUGUUGCGUACUUUGCUGGCGGCUUGCAGGGUUUGACGAAAGCCCUGGCGACUGACCUGGGUCCGAUCAGGGUCAACUGCGUACGGCCUGGUUAUGUCAAUACGGGGCUAUGGGAUGGCAUGGGCGAAGAGGCAAAGGAGGCUUUCUUCAGAGAGGCUGGAGGGAAAAUGCCAGUGGGCCGGGUGGGAGAGAUCGAGGAUGUCGUCGAGGCGUAUCUCUGGCUUAUGAAGGAUGCUAAUGUGACUGGAACUAUAGCAGGUACAGAUAGUGGCGCCAUGCUGAUCUAA